CCCCCCCUUUUCUCUUCCAUUUCCAUGGCCAAAGUGUACCCUCAAACAGCGCCGUCGCCGUCGUCUUCCUCGCUCUGUUCUGAAACAGAAUCCUUCACCAUUUGGAUGAAAUCUCUGAUCUACCACACAAAUGGCUGCACCGUCUUCGAUUCCAAUGGCGAUAUCGUCUACCGAGUCGAUAACUACGACAGAAAAUGCAGCCGUGAAGUUUACCUCAUGGAUCUCAGAGGAAACGUCCUCUUCACCAUCAGAAAAAAGAAAUUUUCGGUUCUUGGAGGAUGGGACGGGUUCCGAUGGAUCGAAUCGGAGAGAAGUAAGAGCCCUAACUUUCGAGUGAGGAAACUGUACAGAGGAUUGAGGAGAAAUCAAUCGAUUUGUGAAAUUAGCGUGGGAUUCGAGAGGUUUUCGUUGGUGCAAACGGACGGGAAAUUAGCCUUCAGAAUAAUCAACAUCAAUGGAGAAGUAAUUGCAGAGGCGAAAAGAAAAGUAUGUUCGAACGGAGUGCUUUUGGGAGACGAUGUGUUGAGUUUAGAUGCGAAUUCUGAGAUCGAUCGAUCGUUGGUUAUGGCUUUGGUGACGGUUUAUGGAUUAAUUCGUCGCCAGAUGUAAAUUAUAUUAUCAAACAAAAUAUACAAAUUUUUGCUUUU